AUGCGGAGCCCGCACAACCAUUGAGGACGAGCUCUCCAAGUAUCCAAGUAAAUAAGUAUCAUGUUGCCAACUAUCCGUAAGAUGUGAAGUUAAGAUCUCUCUGCAUGAAAGUUAUGCUUUAAAACGAUUUAUCAUCGAUAAAAUUCGAGCAACCGGUCCAAUAACGGUGGCCGAGUACAUGAAAACGGCAGUUAGUGCGCCUACGAUUGGCUAUUAUGGCGGUUUUUCUGAAUCACGAAAGGUUUUUGGAGAAGAAGGAGACUUCGUCACUGCUCCAGAACUUACUCAACUUUUUGGCGAACUCGUGGGUGUUUGGUGCUACUACGAGUUGGCAAACACGGGCUAUCAUGGACCUUGGCAACUUGUUGAAUGUGGACCGGGUACUGGACAACUUAUGAGAGACAUUCUUAGAGCACUGGUCAAUUUUCAGGAGAAGAAUGUCUCAGUGCAUUUGGUGGAGUGUUCAGAUGCCCUCAUUGAACAACAGGAACGGCUACUUUGUGGUCCCUGUGGCUCUUUACCUUCUUCGGAAUCCCCUGAAACUAUUCCCAUACAGUUUUCCGUCUUCGUCAGUAACGAAUUCCUUGACUCGUUGCCAGUUCAUCAGUUCAGCCGAGAUUCUAAUGGGACGUGGAAUGAGAUAUAUGUUAAUAUUGACAAAGCUAAUGAAUUGUGCUUCAUGAGAUCGAAGGGCGAAAACCUGCACACACGUGGACUAAUACCAGACAAUAUCCGACACGAUGGUCAGCGAAUCCAUUGGGAAUGCAGUCCUGAAGCUGGCACGUUUAUCAACCAGACUACGGAGAGAAUUAUAUAUAAUGGUGGUUUCGGAAUUAUCUUUGAUUACGGCCACGAUGGUUCCCGCAAUGACUUGUCUUUUAGAGGCUACAAAAAGCAUGAACAGGUCCAUCCUUUGAGCCAACCUGGUGCCAUUGACUUGACAGCUGAUGUGAAUUUCGGUUACCUGAAAUCUCUAGUCGCCGAUAGAGCGGCGGUAUAUGGUCCGAACACUCAGCGUGAGUUCCUUGGUCAAAUGGGUGUUGAGCUACGUCUGAGGAGGUUAUUAAAGUCAUGUAAUGAUCGAGAAAAACAGGAAUCACUAAUAAAGUCUUACAACUUCUUGAUGGGUGACAUGGGCGAGCGUUUUUUGACAAUUUCUAUAUUCCCUAAGACUCUUAGUGGAAUUCUGGAACAAAGAGGAGGGCCUGCUGGUUUUGCUCUUCCUCUUUCUUCGCAUUCAAAAUCUCAAACAAAAUAA